AAAGCAUAACCAAUCACUACUGAAGUGUUCGAAAACCUUUUUUUAAGUGUUCGAAAACUUUUAGAUUGAAAGUUAUUUGAUUGAUUUUGUAGUCAAAAUUGUGGUACUUAAUGAACCAUCUUUUAAGGUAAUAAAUAUGGUACACUCUUCACCAAUAGGAUUUUCUUAUAAAGUUGCUCUCUCUAUUUCAUACUCGAGAGAGAGAGAGAAAUAGGUGACAGUUGUUGCCUUCCCGGUUCUUCUGCUAGAUGUUUAUGGCUUAAAACUAUUAUACAAAGAUGAUUAUCUCUUUUAUUCAAACUCAACUAAUGAUAAUAAUGAUUAGGUCUUCCAUCAAAACAGUCUCAUUCCUAAAGAAUCUUUAUACAAAGAGCCCUUUUGAGGCACUAAUAAGGAAACCUUACCCAAUUUGAGAAUGACAAUGUAGCCCAUAAAGGAGACCCAAAAUGAGCACUGCUUUUCAGUAAAAGAAGAAUGUCCUUUGGACAAAGCCAAAAAGAAUUUCCUAACACCCUUACCACAAGAUGCCUAUAAAAACAAAAUCUAUUUUUACUUUGUGAACAAACAAAAGAAGCAUAUUUCUAAGUUAUUUAUUAGAAUACUAUUAGUUUAGGGAGAAAAAACCUUUAGACAAAUAUUAGUGAAAAAAAAUUAUAAAUUAAACUUUAAAAAGAAUAAUAAUAAUAAUCCUUAAUUAGUGAGCACUAUGACAGGCUUGGGAUCUUCAUGUGGAGCAUGCAAGUUUCUGAGGCGAAAAUGCAGCAGCGAAUGCAUUUUUGCUCCUUACUUCGGCUACGACGAGGCUGCAAGCCAUUUUGCGGCGGUGCACAAGGUGUUCGGAGCUAGCAAUGUUUCAAAGCUGUUAUUACACUUGCCACAACACAACCGGAGUGAUGCUGCAACCUCUAUCUCAUAUGAAGCUCUUGCUCGGAUGAGAGACCCCAUUUAUGGUUGUGUUGCUCAUAUCUUUGCUCUCCAACAACAGGUUGCCUACCUGCAGGAGGAGAUAGAGAUUCUUGGGAACCAAAUAGCUCAUAAUGUCACAGCUGGUUUUGCAAGUUCUGGGAGUUCUUCUGAAGGAACUAAUAAUAAUAGUGAUCAUAAUACUCAUAAUAAUACCUUAGAUUCCAGUUCUCAACUCUUUUCACAUAAUGGAGCUAUGAACUGUCAGUAUUAUCAGAAUCAACAGGAAGUUCUACCCUCCCAGAACCAGAAUUCAACUGGAAAUAGUAGUAACAUAGUUGUUGGUGGGCAGGUGGGUUUUCAUCUUCAUCAAAAUCCAUAUAGUUGGGGAGAAGAGAACAUGGUUUGUAACUCUCUCUCAGAUCCUUUAGACAAACUAUUUGAGGGGAUAGAACAAGAAAGCUUAGGGAAUAGUCCAUGGUUGGAUGAAAUACCCAAUGUGGAAAACUUUAUAGGUCCACAAUCUGGGACUGAGCCCAGCUUUUGGUAAUGAAGAAAAAUACUUUGGUGGUGUGUGAGCCUUUCACUUUGAAUGAAGGAAAUAAAGUUCGUACCAAUUGCCAAUUUGAUACUAUGGUUGAUCUUUUUUCUUCUUAAAACAAAAUCCCAAAUAUGGUUUGUUCUAAAUUGGCAUAGAGCUGUAGAAGCCAACAUACUGCUGCAUGUCAAAGCAGGGGACUCUGCUCCUCCCUACACUGGAUUCGACAAUGUGUACAUUAUUAUAUUACCAGUCCACGUAGUGGUUUUAAGAACCAAUUGUAAUAUUUCAUUUUGUACUAUGUUUUCAGUUAGAUUUUCUUAAAUGACUUCAUAUUUUAAUUUUCAUACAUGAACUUAAAAUUUAUUAAGAGUUAGUCCCA